CUGAGCUUAAGAUUAAUAGACAAAUUUGUACAAAUCAUAUACUAAUUAAUUUCAUAUCAAUAGAUCCUUCAAUCAUACAAUUCAAGUGCAUCUCUUGGCAUUUCACCAAACUUUAUUGCACAUGGAGUACUAGUAGUAGUCAACAAAAAUCUACCGGUGCCAAUGAUGCCAACGAAAAUAACACAAUUUAUCAUCUCAUUGACACUACAUUUAAUCAUUCACACAAAAACUGUGGACUAUUAGCUGUCAACUACUGUGAAUGGAGUCAUAAAACUCAUCCCAUAUAUAACUGGGCGGUCGACAGGUUCACAUUUGAGCUAACCGGGCAAAAUUUGAUGUACAAUGUUACCUAUCUAUUUACUAUUGAUCACUAUGCCAUCAUUAAACCUGAUGUGGUGCAAAAUUUUCGGGCCAUCAAUAUAACAGCUGCCAGUGCUCGGCUAGUAUGGCAGCCACCCGAACAUAUUGAACAUAACAGUGAUCUCAUAGACACAUUGGUCUAUGAAAUUCAUUAUACUAGUGGUAGUAGUACCGGUACCUACAACACUUUAAAUAUUAUUAGGCUAACUAAGCAAACAUUUUAUACAUUAAACGAUUUGCUGUCUAAAACGGACUACAAUGUUAGCAUUAGAUGUAAAACUAGACAAUCGGUAGGCGAUGACUAUCUGAGCGAUUUUAUAUCCAUAAUAGUAACUACUGAAGCUAAUAAACUUGAGGUGUAUGAGCUGAAAGCCCAGGAGUACGGACUAAAAAUUGUAAACCAAACCACCGAAUCGGUGGUCAUCGAGUGGCAACACCCGGAACCCGACAGUCUGGACCGUAUAACGCACUAUGAGAUUCAGUAUAAUAACAACACCGGUAUUCACAAUGUGACCAACUGUUCAUUGAUUCAUUGUGUCGCCCGUAUCGAUCAUUUGACAAGUUUGACUACCUAUAUGAUACAGGUGCGAGCCUGUAGCUUAACUACUUGCUCGCAGUUUGCAUCGGAACGUCGACUGGUGGCCACACUUGCCGUACCCGUCCUUAACUAUACCAAUGUAUGGUAUAUAAUAAUAGCGACGUUUCUGGCGAUUACCUGUACUAUUAUCAUAAUCGGUUUACUUUGCCUGUCGAUGAUUGGCCACAAUAAUGGUCAUCAACAGCUUCGGUCGCCAUUGAUUAUGUUGAAGGAAAUGGGCGGUCAGUCGUCACGUUUGAUGAGACUGUACUCUAGAAAAAAUCGAGACGACAACGACGACAUCACUUUGUCGACAACGAGGAGAGGAUCUAAUAGUAGAUCAGGCAAUGAAAUCAGACUCCCGGCUAUUGUCGAAGAGGAGGACAGUAGAUCUGAAUGGGAGGAACCGGAUCUAUCGCCUUCAGGUAGUCAGUCGUCUACACGAGCGUUCAUAUAUGUAAAACCCUUGACCACCAGCAGACGAUCAUCACGAGUCUGUCUACGCCUGUCGAGUCAUGAAAGUGGUGGACAAGUAUCACUUGACUCUGGUAUUCACGAUUUAGAUUUAGGAUUACCACUAAAUAAUAAUAAUAAUAUGGUUUCUGUAGUUCAGUGCUCCGGCACUGACAUGUCAUCAACUAAUAGACCGCUAGACGAUACAGUCCGGUGCUUACUAUCGAACUGUGCUUUUAAAAGUAAUCCUAUUUAUGAGCAAAAAAUUAUGGAUAUUGAAUGA